GUUUCUUCUUGUAAAAAAAAAAGUUAAAUAUAUAAGUAUCCUUACCCCUUUUCUUCCCUGCAAAACCCUUCUAGUGACUGAUUUUCCUCCCUUUCCUCGGGUAUUCAUUCACUCCGGUCAUCAACACAGUGAAAGCAACGUCUGGAAUGGCUGAAACUAGUAGCUCUGAGCCAGAGACCCCAGCCAAACCUCAACUUCUGUACCGGUGUAAGAAGUGCAGAAGAAUUGUUGCUUCAGAGGAGACUAUGGUUCCCCAUGAACGUGGAAAAGGAGAAUCAAGCUUUAAGUGGCAAAAGAGAAGCAAUGAACCCUGGGAAGUAGAAAAACAGCCGGCUGAAUGCACCUCAGUAUUUGUUGAGCCCAUGAAGUGGAUGCAAGCAGUACAAGAAGGUCAUGUGGAGGAGAAACUUCUCUGUAUGGGGUGUAAUGCUCGUUUGGGUUCCUUCAACUGGGCUGGCAUGCAGUGCAGCUGUGGAGCCUGGGUUAACCCUGCAUUUCAACUGCACAAAAGCAGAUUAGAUGAGUGUCAUAUGUAAACCAAUCACCUUGCAGCUUUCCCAAAAAACCAGAGCUUGAAAAAUAUGUAGGUUAUCUUUUUUAUGAACGAAACACAAGGCAGCUUAGUUUGGAAGAUUGUCUUGUACAUGUUUUACUUCUUCAGAGUUCAGACUAGGCUACUAGAUGCUAGUCAUCCAGUGAGACAUACUGUAAAUGGUUCUUCCACACUUAUCUGCAACAUAAGUUCCUCUUUUUUUGGUUACAAUGGAAAAUAACAUAAGUUCCUUUAAAUCUUAUUUCUUUUUUCCCUUAUUUUGUAGCCAAUAUUUUUGUGUUCACCCUUCCAAUGUUGCAAUUUACGUUCUGGUGGAAUGAUUGUUAAUGCGAGCUAGACCAUUAUCAUGUGGUGUUACUAGGCCUA